AUGAGGAGCCGCCCGGUGCUGGCGGUGCUGCUCGUCCUGGCGCUGCCGCUCGCCCUCGCCCGCCGCCCCCCCGCCGCCGCCGGGAUGCUCGUCCCGGAGCCGCUGCGCUGGAGCGCCCGGGGCAGCCCCGGGGCCGCCGCCGCUGCCGCCGCCGCGCUGGAGCUGCUGCGGGAGCAGGGCGCCGGUCCCCCCGCGGCGCAGCAGAAGCGGGACAUGCACGAUUUCUUCGUGGGGCUCAUGGGGAAGCGGGCGGCGGAGCCCGGGCGAGCGGCGGGGCGGGGGGAGGGCGGCCCGGCCCCCCGCUGCUCUCCGGGGACCCCCGCGCCCGGCCAGGCCCCGCUGCGAGCCCUUUGA